AUGCCUGAUCCAUUCGACGACGUCUUCACACUCGAAGACCGCUUCUACCGCCAGGGCUACCAGCAAGGACUCGAGGAUGGUGAAGCGGCCGGGCGCAUCGAAGGCCGCCAGUUUGGCAUGAGCACCGGCUUUGACAAAUUCCUCGAGAGCGGCCGCCUCGCCAGCCGCGCCCUUGUCUGGGCCAACCGUCUCCCUCCGGCGCAGAGCAGCGCAUCGUCUAGCUCAGCGGCGGCGGGAGCUUCGGCCUCGACGAAUACGCAGCAGCCCGUGGCGCAGCAGGCCUGCUCCCUACCGCCACUGGCGGAUAACGCCAGACUCGGCAAGAAUAUCAAAAUGGUAUACGCGCUGCUCGAGCCGGAGACGCUAUCUACUGCCAACGCAGAUGAGGACGUGCAGGACUUUGACGACCGGCUCAAGCGUGCGCAGGGCAAAGCCAAAGUUGUCGAAAAGAUGAUUGGUUAA